AGCUGCUAGAGUUUGUCUUGGACUCUUAGGUGCUUGGAGGUGCUAGAAUCUGUCUUGGACACUACGAUCUAUAGCAGCAAGAUUUGUUUUGAGUACUUCUUUGAGCCAUGGAUUGGCGAUUCCAAUGGCAGUGACAUGCAUCUGCUAUCCCUAUGUCAGAUAGCUAGGAUAAAAUAGUAGUCCCUAGCCUCCAAUGCCCAGGCUAGGUUUAUUUAGUCACAGUGCAGCAAAAUUAUUGACAUACUCUGUGUUCAAUCAGGUAAUUUUACUUAUAUUUUCUGCAUUUUGUUCCUUUUUUUUUUAUUUAUCGUUUGACUUUUGCAUUUCAUUAUUGCUUGUUUAUUUGAUCGGAUUGGAUUGUUGUUUUUCUAUCAAUCGUUUGUUUGCUUAAUGCUGCGUUUUCUUCUUCUUCUUUUUUUUUUUUCAAUUUUUUGUUUACGAAGUAUUUAAGAAUUGAUGAUUGGCGGUAGUUAGAAUUAAGUGUUGUGAGUGAUUAGGGUUUUAUUUUACAGAAUUAGUUGAAGUAGUGUCAUUGUUCGGCUGAUUUCUGUUAUUCUCAAAAAGUAACCAAACCCCAAAGAAAUUAACACCAACAGCAUGACCUCUUUUUGAGUUGUGCCCAAGUAUCAAGUUCAAAUUGCAAUCACUUUAGUAUUAUCUGAUCUACAUCAAUGAAGGAUUUAUUUUUAAUUUUCAUUUUUUUUUUACAGAACUAUAACAUAGGAAAUGGAUAGCUUCAAAAUGAAUGUAGUUGACAUGAUGAUUGAUGAUGAUGAUGAUGUGCGUAUGUUAGCAAAUUACAAGCAUUAUAGAAGUAUCUGGUGGUAGAUAAGGUUGAAUAUGCUCACUAGGCAUACGAACAUGGUGAGAUGUUAAGGUGACUGAAGGAGAGGGAAAUUGGGUUAUUGGCUUUGUUUUUUGUUAGAUUACAAGCUCUUUUUGUACUAUAUUCUGAGAAUAAACCAAUGGACUCUUUUAUGAAGGCAGUGGUGCUUUCAUGGGUUUAAAAGGUUAAAAAUAACUGAAAGGGUAAAAUCUACACCUAUAAUAUUCUCAAUUUGUGGGUAAAGAAUAUUUGUAUUUAUAAGAAUUUGGGGAUCUUUUUUUCUGAUCAUUUCCCAAAUUUAUGCUUAUCAAAUUUUAUGAACUAUUUUGAGAUGAUUGAUUAAUUUGCUUAAUCUGCCUCCUUCACAGGUUCCAUAGUGAUGUUUUCAACAUUUGAGCAUUUAGCUCACCAUGUAUACAAUCAUAUCCUUCAUCAAAGGAAGGAAAAGCAAGCCACACCAAUGGUGUUGGACUUAAAAUAUAAACUGGCUUUGAACAUUGAAAAAAUGGUGUUGGUUGAAGCUCUACUUGGGCUUUUGGCCCCUAAAAAAGAGUUUGGUGAUGAUAUGUUGAUGAUAAGCAGGGCCUACAAAAUUACAAAAAGCAUGUUUCUAUGAAUUCUAUCUAUUGGAGAAGUUGUAGCUAGAAUUAGAUAUUACUCAUGUUGGCCCCGGUAGCUGAUAGCCGAAGUUGAUCAUAUUAGUUGGUUUGACUAAUUGAUUGUACAAAAAGUUUUACAUACAACCGAUGUGCAGUAAAAUACUGAACAACCGGUUUUUCGCACGUGUGAACAGUAUUUUUUUUUUUUUUUCCUUUUUCCAAAAUAACUAACAUCUUCUUCAGCAAGCUACAAUGGAGGAGAGAGAAAACUCCAAUUUUCCAGAUUCAAAGCUCCUUCACCAAGCAACCAUGGAGGAGAGAGAAAUCUACAAUUUUCGAUCAACAAUGCCGGAAACCUCCAAAGCUUCCAAUUACAAAAACCUAAUGCGCGAAUUUCUGCAAUUACAAAGAGAAAAUCGACCACCAUUAACGCAACAUCCAGAGAAAACAUGGAGUUUCGACCUCAAUCAAACAUUCAGAGAAGGUGAAGCAGAGAAUUUCGUUGAUGAUUUCGAUGAAUUUAAUGAUGAUAACAUUCAAAACUCAAAAGUUCCAGAAAUUCAAAUACAAGAUAUUGAAAAUCAAGGUGUUUCAAAUACAUUAGAAGAUGAAGAUCAAGUUAUUCCGAACACACUAGAUGAAGAAGGACAACCAGUAGAUGAAGACGAAGGUUUACACAUUGUCUCUAUUUAGAGACUUUGAAGAGGAAUUUGGCUACUCAAUAGCGACCACAGUACAAAUUCUAGGGAGAACUGAAGAAAACAUUAUUCUUUAUGAAGUAUCGCUAGAAGAAAAGCCAUGGUCUUCCCAACACGUAAGUUACAUACAUGAGAGCCAAACUAUAUGGUGCACUUGCAAGAAUUUCGAAGCUUCUGGUUGGCUAUGCUAUCACUGCCUCAGAAUUUUACAUCUACAUUCUAUUACAAGAAUUCCAGAGAAGUACAUUAGCAAAAGAUGGACAAAGCUUGCAAAAACUGAAGUAUGGAAUAAAAUGGAAAAUAAGGAUCCAAAACUCCCAUAUACACCAUGGAGACAUACAAUGAUGAGAAAAUAUUAUAACUUAAUCUUAAAGAGUCAAGAAAAUGAAAAGGCAAGAGCAUUCAUGGAGGAAAACUUCAAAAACUGUAUGAAAAUGGUGGAAGACUUACUUGCGGCCGAAGCUUUUACAGAGGAGGUUGCUGCAAGUGAUGACAAUUCUAAUGUGGCAGAGAGUGCUCAGAGUACCAAUAAUACUGCUUCUUCAUCAACAAGUACAACCAUACCCACUAUAUUAGACCCUAAGAGAGCUGUAACAAAGGGAAGAAGCAAGAGAGCAAAAGGAGCACUUGAAAAAGGGAAGAAAUCAAAGCAAAAAGCAUUACCAAAUCCAAAUUCAGAGUUUGGAUCGAAGACACCUACUGUGCGACUUUUUUGAACUUGUAGUGAGUUUGGAUGAAACACAAUUGAAUACUUUUUUGUAGUGAUUUUAUUUUUGUUUAAUGCUACUAUUGACUUUCAUACAGAAUUUUGAAUUGUGAUAUGGAAUUGCUCAUGAAUUAUGAAC